CGUCAUGAAAAAUAUAAUUGACAUAUGAGAAACCUAACUUUUGAUGCACAUGUAAAUAUAACCAAAAAAUCGAAUUAAUAAUUUAGAAGUUUAGAAAAUGUUAAAAAUUUCUUAAAAAAAUUAUUAAAAAACAAAUUUAUAAAAUGGCAUCAUUUGGUAAACUCUUAAGUAGUUUAAAUACUGCUUUCAAAUUUAAUCAACAAACAAAUAUUAUAAUAUCUCGAACGUAUGCGGCUAGAAAAGGUACUCGUGAAAAGGCCCGCAAGAAAAAAGUGAAAGUAGAAGUAAAAAAAAUUGGGUUUAUCCCACAUAAUCAACGUGGAAAAGCACAAUUAGACUUACUGCGUCAAUCAAAUCGCUUUAAUGAUUCAUGGAAACAGACUCCUGUUGACGAUGUUUGGUCGGCUCAAUACAACAAAUCAAAAGUGUAUACUUUUGAAGAAGCAGUCAGUUGUCAUCGAGAAACUCACCACCCUACUAUGUACAAUGUACCAAAUGCACCAUUGAUUGCAAAGAUUGAAUUGGAUAUGAGAGCAGAAAAAAAGAAUCGAUUUAUUGACAACAUAAGCAGAAUUUGUCCAAUUCCAUAUCCAUUUCAACACGGCGAUGAUCGUACAAUACUUGUAUUUGCCAAAGGUUCAGAAUUACAAGACGAAGCUAAGAAAGCUGGUGCUACCCUUGUCGGUGGAUCUGAAUUAAUAAAAGAUAUUCAAAAUGGGGAUUUAAUGUUACAAGAAUUUCAAUAUACAAUAGCACAUCCAAAUAUACUACCGGAAUUAGUAUCCUUACGUGGAUUAAUGAAGAAACGAUUCCCAAAUCCAAAAAAUGGAACACUGGGACCAGAUAUAUCGAAUAUGAUACAUAACUUUUUAACUGGAAUUAAGUAUAAUGCAAAUAAAGAUGAAAGAGAACAAGAUUAUGCAGCUGUAAAUGCCGUAUUUGGAACUUUAAAUAUGGAAACAAUUCAAUUAGAAGAAAAUUUAAUUGCAUUAUUGAAAGAUGUUGACAGCGCUAAACCGAGAAGAAAUAAUCCUUUUAUUACUAGAUGCUAUUUAUUAAGUCCACCGUCUCGAGAAAAAUUUAUAAUUAAUUUGGAGCAGUAUAUUGAUAGUUCAGAGAACACUAAUAAAUCUUCAUUGUCUGAUGAAAAUGAAGAAGAGGAAGAACCAGCCGAAAAAACUGCAGUUAAUUAAUUGAUUUAAUAAAAUAUGUGU